AUGGAGCUGAUAAUAAUCAUCAUUACUCUUCUUAGCUUUUCCCUCUCUUCUUUAUUACCAACUUGUUCUUCUUCCCAAAUUCAUUUUCCAUCUUCACUCCAGCUUGAAGGAGCAGCCAAUUCAAACCUGCAGCUUUCUCUUCCAACGCUUCCCAGAAAGCUAAGAUUCACUGAGAAGGUAUAGGUUAAUGCUGAAGCUAGAGAUCUUGCAUCACACCAACAGGAGGAUUCCCUUUCGGCUGGGAAGCAAUAUCAUGGAAAGCAAAACAUGGUGCUUAGCCACAGGGGGACAAAACAAGCAUGGAUGGAGGUGGAUGACCCUUCACAAUACUUUACUAUGGAUUAUGCUCGAGUGAGUAGACGACGUCCCAUACAUAACAAGCAAUUGCCGGUUGGUCCAUAA